UGACUGACGAGGUCAUGACGUCAACCCGAAUAACCAGAAACUUUUGCCGCGGACUGGAAAAUGCUACAGACCUCCACACUACAGAUAGGUCUAAAUCGAUGUGAAACUGCAGAAACAGUGGAUUAUAUUUUUGUGUUUUGCCAAAAAAGCAAACCAGCGAUAGAUUGGAGUUCUGGGGCCAUUGGUGGGGCUAUACCAGACGAAAACCAUUUCAAAUGAAUAAUGCACAUGAGCGAGUGAGCGAGAAACCCAUCAUGAUGCCCACCCAGCUAGCCGGAGUCCUGUGAACAGUCGUGCCGAUCCAAGUCAAGGUAAAGUGAGUGAGUGAGAUAAACUUGUUUUUUCCCCGGCUAUUUUGGGGUUCGUUUUUGGAUGUGAUCGGUAUGGAAACGACGGGAAUGCUUGGCAACUCUAAAAUCAAAACCCAUGGCGGUGGCGGCGAACCGCCUCCCUCCAUACGCACACCUCCACAGCCACAGCCGCAGGCAUUCAAUCAGUUUAUUGAACAUCAGCACCAACGACAAAAUCAAUAUAACAAAAACAACCACCAACAGCAGUCGAUACACGGGGAAAGUGGAAACCGCCAACAUGGAGGAAAGGAAAACAUUUCGGGGAAUCGAGUCGAGCGCCAUCAACCACUGAAUAAUAAAAGUGAGGAGGUGGAGGGGGAUCCGUCGCGGUACAAACCCGAGGAGCGGAUGGACAGCAGGUACGAGCAUGUCAGCCGGGGAUCAACGAACAACAACAACAACAACCCUCGGAAUGACAACAGCUCUGUUACCCAGUUUAAUAAUUAUUAUGGGAAUGGAAGAGGAGGGCCUUGCUUUGAUCAACAUGGCGGACAACAAAGCCAGUCUGGGAUAGUGCAUUCGGUACAGAACACCAUGGAUCAAGUUCAAAACUCCCACGAAAGCUACAACAGCCCAUACAACCACUACCAGAACUAUCGACCUGGCUACGUUAACAGUGGAUAUGGAGGUAUGGCGAGUCCCUCACGCCAGGGCAAUAACCUAAUGGGCCCUGGCAGCAACGCGACCGCUGCUAGUCAAAGCAAAGCCGCUAUGGCUGCUACAGCUUCCCCGGGUGGAGGUGGUACUCGUGCUGGGGGUUUCCAGAGGUUCCCCGGGCCAAAUCAGCAGCAUCCGUCCGGUGCCACUCCAACUUUGAACCAGUUGUUGACAUCUCCAAGCCCCAUGAUGCGGGGUUAUGCUAGUGGCUACCAGGAUUACAACAAUCCUGCUGCACAACAGCAGCCCAACAUGGGGCUUGGUAAAGAGAUGGGGUCCCAGUACGGCUCGGCUAGCCAUGGAUGGGGAGGACAGCAGCGAAAUCACCCCUCGAUUAGCCCGGGAAACAACGGACAAGUCAUUGGCCGAUCUCAGGUCCCGCCCAUGGACGCCAUGGCGAUGAAGCGUUCUCAGCUGUACGGCAUGAGCAACAACCCGUACUCCCAGCAACAGGGGGCGCCGUACCAUGGCCAACCCUAUGGCUCGCCAUUGCCACAACGUUAUCCAAUGGGAAUGUCCGGAAGAGGUCAGAUGACCACAAUGGGUGGAAUGCAAUAUCCUCAGCAGAUGGCGUCGGUGGGCUACAGUCAGCAGGGUAUGGGGGGGUACAGCCAGCCCGGGCAGCCUCCUUACUACAGCUCCCCUCAACACCAGCCCGCCGCCCCCAGCCAGACACCCUACAUGCAGCCUCCCGCACCGCUUCCCCAGCAGGAGGUGCCCCAGGAGGCGUAUGGCACCAGGGUUCAGUCGGCUGUGACCCCUGGGAAGACCAGCCACGAGGACCUGGGUCUGAGCCUGCAGGACAGACCCUCCAGCCUGCCUGACCUGUCAGGCUCCAUCGAUGACUUGCCCACGGGUACGGAGGCGGCCAUCAGCUCUGCGGUCAGCGCGUCGGGGUCGACCAGCAGCCAGGGAGAGACCAGCAACCCGGCCCAGUCCCCCUUCUCCCCCCAUGUCUCCCCCCGCCUCCCCGCCAUGCGCAGCGGGGGGGCGUCCUCCUCCUCCCCCGUGGCCUCCCCCGUGGGCUCCGGCCAAUCACGCUCCGGGCCCAUCUCCCCCGCCAGCGGCCCCGGGACCCAGGCGGGCCCCCUGACCCCAGGCAGUGUGUCCCAGGACACGGGCCCCCACGCCUCCAUGGGGCAGUCCCCCAUGUCCCAGGACAGAGGGUUUCCUCCCGGCAUGCACCGUGCCGCCCCGGGGCCUCAGUUUGGCCCCCAGACCCCAGGGCCUCCAAUGUCCCCUCACGGCUCCCCCGGGGGGCCCAUGCACCACGGCUCGUCCUACCAGCAGGGAGGGGGCCCCUCCUAUGCCCAGUACGGGCCUCCAGGUAACUACCCGAGGCCCUCUCACUACGGCGGGGCCCCCACCGCCGGCUACAGCAGCCCCGGCCCGGCUGACAGCAUGGGGACCAACGCCGGCAGCCCCAUGCACGGCCAGGGGCCCUCCACCCCUUCGGGCCGCAGCCUGGCCCCCGGGGGCCCCGGCGGUCCUGGGGCUCCCGGGGGCCGGCCCUACCCCGGCGCCCCCACCCACAUGGCCCCCACGUCCCCUGGCAUGCCUCAGCCGGCUGGCCAGGGCGGGGGGCCCCUGGGAACCAAAGGCAUCCGCAAGCUGUGCGAGACGGGCACCCACGCUGUUCCAGGGGCCAACGCUGCCUCGUCGUCCUCGUCCGCCACCCAGUCCAGACAGGGUAGUUUCCCAGGUAUGGGGCCGAUGGGAGGAAUGGGCCCCGCGGGCCCCAACACCCAACAGCCAGGUAACAACUGUGGAAGAGUAACCUCUCAAGGGCCCGCCUACAAUGUCCCGCCCACAGGCCCCCCGAUGAUGUCCCCAGACAGGAUGGGCGGUCCCCCGGCAAAACAGAGGGUUGGCCAAGACGGCCCCGACCCUAACACCACUGCCCCCACCACUGCCACCACCGAGCCACCCAAACCAAAGAAGCCGGGGGGAGCCGUGGUCUGCGGGACGGGGGACAAGGCGGCGCGUCUGUACGAGCUGGGCGGGGAGCCGGAGCGCGGGCCCUGGGUGGACCGCUACCUGGCCUUCAUGGAGGAGCGCGGGACCCCCGUGCCCGGCCUGCCCACCGUGGGCAGGAAGCCCCUGGACCUCUACCGCCUCUACAUGUGCGUGAGGGAGAUCGGCGGGAUGGCCAUGGUGAAUAAGAACAAGAAGUGGCGGGAGCUGACGAACUUCCUGAGCGUGGGCACGUCCAGCAGUGCCGCCAGCUCCCUGAAGAAGCACUACAUCCACUUCCUGUUCACCUACGAGUGCCAGGCCGAGCGGGGAGAGGAGCCCCCCGCCCUGGGGGUCCUGCCCUCGGGGCCGGGCCCCGGGAACCCCAAGAUGGCCUCCCCCCAGCAGGCCAGGGUCCUGCCCCCCUCCCCUGCUCCCAUGGGCGCGCUGCAGCGGCCGGGCACCCCCCAGUCCAGUGGGAGGCCAGAGACCCCCGGGGAGCCCAAGCGUCCCACCCCCGCCUCCACCCCCCACCGACCCCUGACCCCCCAGCCGGGAAGCAGCGACCCAGCGGUGUUCCACGGAAAACCAGGUCCAGGUCCCAGUGGCGCCCCCUGCCAGCCGGGGCCGGGAGUGCAGGGAGACGGACUGACCAUGAGGAUGCACUACGAUGGACCCCCGCGCAAGGGUCCUGGUCCCGGCGAGGUCUACGGCCCGGGUCAGAUGCCAAGUGGGGCCAUGCAGGACAUGUACCCCCGGGGGCCCCCAUCAGGACCCCAGCCAGGGAUGGGGGGCGGCCCCAGGCCUCAGUACCCCUACGGACCGGGCUACAACCGCAGACCGGACCACGUGCUGGGUCCUGAGGGCAGCCUGGCGCCCCCUGUUGGACAGAACAGCAUGGCUCCGUCGGGGAGCGACCCGGGCCUGUACCCCGGGAACAGAUACCCAGCCCAGAGGCACGGUCAGGACAGCUACGGCCAGCAGCAGUUCCCUCCCAGCAUGCCUUUCACCGCUCACCAGCCCAACAUGUACCCCCAGCAGGGUUACAAGAGGCCCGGGGAGGGGCUAUACCCGCCCGCCAAGCGCCACGAGGGGGACCCCUACCCUGCGCAGUACAGCGGACCCCCGCCCGAGGUUUACGGCCCCUACGCCGGGGGAGGGGGGUACAUGGGCCCCGACAGACGUCCCGUCCCGGGACAGUACCCCUACCCCUACCCCCGCGACCGCAUCCCUCUCGGGGUCGCCCAGGGGCCCCCGAAGCCACCCAUGAUGGGUGGGGGCCCACUGGCCCCCGGGGACUCUGGGGACCCGGCCCAGGGCCACAUGUGGCCCCACAGGACAGACGUGGCCUACCCCUACCCCGGCCGCCCGGGGCAGGGGCCCCAGUACCCCGGUCGCCCCGCCCAGGGCCACGCUUACCCGGGAAUGGGCAGAGGGGACGACCCCGAGGGUAGGGGCCCUCAGGAGAGCCAGUGGGCCCCGGGGCCCCCGGGACACCGGCAGCCUCCCUUCCCUCCCCACGUCUCCCCCUCCUUGUCUCCCUCCAUGGGGCCCCUGUCCUCCUCCCGCCACCCCCCCUCCCCCUUCCCCGCCGGAGCCGCCAUGGCCAACCACAUCGCCCGGGCCCCCAGCCCCUCCUUCCCUCGGCCGACGGGAGGCUCCCCGUCGCCGGGCCCCGUGGGCCCCUACAUGGCGGUCCUGAAGAAGGGGACCCCCGGGCCGGGCCACUACCCCGGGGGUCCCGGUCAGACCCUGCCUCUGGUCCAGCGGGAGCUCAGCUUCCCCCCCGGCGCGGUGGAGGCCACGCAGCCCCGGCUCCAGGCCCGCCGCCGGCUCACCCCCAAGGACACAGGAACCCCGGAGGCGUGGCGCGUGAUGAUGGCCCUGAAGUCGGGCCUGUUGGCCGAGGGCACGUGGGCCCUGGACACGCUGAACGUGCUGCUGUACGACGACAGCACGGUGGGCUCCUUCAGCCUCAGCCAGCUGCCUGGCUUCCUGGAGCUGGUGGUGGAGCUCUACCGCCGCUGCCUCAUCCAGAUCUUCGGGAUCCUGGAGGAGUACGAGCUGGGCUCCCAGGGGCCCCAGCCCAGCCUGCUUGAGCCCCCGGGGGCCAACCCCCCGGCAGAGGAAACGCCACCGGCGCCUCCCACAACGACCACAACAACAACAACAACAACCAAAACAGUCUUCAGCCCUCAUCUCUCUGACGGCCAAUCACAGCAGGGGGAGCAGAGGCUGCCUCGGCCGUCAGCAGAGAGGGAGGAAGAGGAAGAAGAGGAGGAGGAGGAGGAGGUGGUGCUGAUAACAGCCGAGGAGCCAAUCAUUCGUGCUGUGAAGCAGGAAAAAGAUGAGGAGCAGGAGGUCGGCAUGGAGACGGAACCUCCGGUCUCCAUGAUUCGGGCGAAGGAAGGAGUCAAGGAGGAGAAGGAGGGCGCGCGAGGAGGGGAAGAGGAGCCCUCGGAACCCGCCGCUCCUCCUCCUCCUCCUCCUCCUCUGAAGCAGGCCAGCAGGUACGACCUGCUGCCCCUCCUGCUGGAGGAGGCGGGGGAGGGGGCGGAGGCGGUGGAGGCGCGCUGGGCCCGGCUGGACCAGGACUGCAGCUUCACCAGCGGCCUGCUGCACUGGCAGGCGGGCGGGGGGGACUCCACCCGGCACAUCCUGACCCACAUGGAGCCCCCGGGCAGCGGGCAGCACCGCCACGCCGCCCCCCCGGACGAGGAGGAGAGCCAGGAGGAGGAGGAGGAGGAGUGGGAGGAAGAGAUGAGUGAAGAGGAGGAAGAGCAUGGGGGGAAGAGGCCGACGGAUGUUGCCAAUGAGCUGCUUGAUGCCCGUUCUGGCCCCUCCAGGCCGGAGGUCCGCGGCCCACCCCGCGGGCCCCUCAGCCCCCUGGAGGACGAGGCGCGGGGCUGGGCCGAGGCGCCCCUCUCCACGGCCCAGCCCUGGCAGGACCAGCUGGCCCGCCGCUGCGUGUGCGUCUCCAACGUGCUGCGCAGCCUCUCCGUCGUCCCCGGCAACGACGCCGAGAUGUCCCGCCACCCGGGUCUGGUGCUGCUGCUGGGGCGCCUGGCGCUCCUGCAUCACCGCCACCCCCCCCGGAGGAGCAGCAGGAGGAGGAGGCGGAGGAGGCGGAGCCAGGAGGAGGAGCCGGCCGUGGGGUGCAGUCGGGACGAGUGGUGGUGGGAGUGUCUGGGGGCGCUGCGGGAGAACACCCUGGUGACCCUGGCCAACAUGUCGGGCCAGCUGGACCUGUCGCAGUACCCCGACACCGUCUGCCUGCCCGUGCUGGACGGCGUGCUGCACUGGAUGGUCUGCCCCUCGGCCGAGGCCCACGACCCCUUCCCCGCCGCCGCCGCCUCCUCCCCCCUCACGCCGCGCGGCCUGGCGCUGGAGGCGCUGUGCAAGCUGAGCAUCCAGGACGCCAACGUGGACCUGCUGCUGGCCACGCCCCCGCUGCGGCGCCAGGAGCGGCUGUUUGCGGCGCUGCUGCGGCUGGUGGGCGACCGCCGCAGCCCCGUGUGCCGGGAGAUGGCGGUGGCGGCGCUGUCCAACCUGGCGCAGGGCGAGGCCUCGGCCGCCCGCGCCCUGGCGCUGCAGAAGGGCGCGGUCGGGACCCUGAUCGGCUUCCUGGAGGACGGCGUCGCCGCGGCGCAGUACCGCCGCCACGCUCCGCCACCGGGGGGCGCCCCCCCGGAGCCCCCCAGCGUCAACAUGAUGUGCCGCGCGGCGAGGGCGUUGCUCGCGCUGGCGCGGCUAGGGGGCGACCGCGCAGAGUUUGUCCUGCACGAGAGCCGCCUGCUGGACGUGUCGCUGUCGGCGGCGCUGGCCCCGCCCGUGGCCGCCGUCUUGUGCGAGGUGCUGUUCAAGGUCGCCCGCUCGUUGUGACACGCGCACUGAGCUUGCUCAGUAGGUGUGUGUGACGGACGCUGGACGUAUAUUUUUAUUUAAAAGAAAAGAACGAUGAUGAAUGAAGUGUUUUUACAUAAAGAAUAUAUAUAGAAUAUAAAUAUACAGCUUAUUGGCUCCUUCAACAGGUUUUAAUUUGGGACUUUUAAAUAAUUUGAAUACAAAAUAUUUAAUACUUGGUAUUUUUACGUUUCGGUUGUUUUCUGUGUUUCUUGUUAUUCUUUGAACCAAAGUUGGAAGGCUUUGGUUGCUGGGGGUUCGAGGCGGCUCACCUCGGGGUCUGUCUCUGUGGAUGUGAACACCUUUAUUUAAAUAGUGUGUAUAUAGAGCCGUGUUCUGGUGUGCUGUAACAGCUUGACCUUAUGUCUACCGCCUACGGUGUGCAAUAGUGUUUAUCCAGCUUGUCUUGGAUAAUUCAGGGGAUUGAGCAAGAGGGGUGUGUGGUUGCUAAAUGUGAAUAAUUUUAAGAUAUAUUUCAACUAUCUUGGCCAACAAUGUUGCAGAACCGUACCAGUAUAAAACCGAACAUAUCCUAAACAAAGUUUUGUUUUAGGUUUAUUUUUCAUCUUUAUGCAUCACUUUCAACUGUCACUUCACGACCAUCAGCGUCCGGAACCCCCCCUGUAAAUAAAGUUGUACAUGUUUGUCUUCCUCACUGAAGAGGCUGUGGGGUCGACACCAUAAUGGAGAUGGUUAACUUAAAAAAAAAUAAUAAUAAUGGACGUUACAACUCACAAAUGUCCUUUUCUGUACAUGGGAUUUAUCGAGACUUAUCGCGACAUGUGUGUGCUGUCAUGAAAAAUGUCAUUUUUUACGUAAACAUUAACAUGCUAGUCUUGCUGUACAGCUGAAAAUUGUUAACGGUUGGCCAGGUUGCAACAAUUCAACCAAUGUAAAGAGAACAUGCCCGCAGUUUAUUCCUUAUCUUUAUACACCUGUUUCACAACAUGAUGAAAUAAUAAAUGUACAUGGCAUCUGGUUGCACUGUGACCACUGUUUGGGCUAAAUCUCUCUCAUAAAACUCUUAAGCAAUGCAUACAAGUGAAGACCCAAGUUUAGUGCAUUGCCCUGUUUUAAAGUGCAUUCAUUCUCUUCUCAGCAACAUAACGACAGGCUUAAGACACACAACCACUGUUCUUCAAAAGAUGGUUCUGUCCAUGAGAACUGGGUGUCAGUGUUCAGCAGACCCAGGCAGUCCCCUGGUCCAAAGUCCUCCCCAUGUCCAGCGGUACGAGGAGUUCUCCGGUCAACCAUAAGUCCAAGAUCCACCCUAACAGAAUGGUCUUACUGUGCAGCCCAUAGGAUGAUACCUCUCAAUGAAACACAACAAUGGAACUUCAAAGUCUUGAGUCUGUUUUAGGGCCUCCCCAAAUCAACCAGCAGCCGUUUAUUUGGAGUUAAAGAUGCCGUCCCAGUCCGGCUGCUCCGAACCUUCCUCUUCCUGCGGGCUCUUGGGGAUGGAAGGGAAGAUGGCGGCCAUCUUCAAUCUGAACUCUGAUAGCUGAAACCAGACGAGAACUGGUAAGGAAACGGGAGGAAUACAUGCGGCACCAGGUGAGAGAGACGCUGUCUGGGAGUAAAAGUAAGGUAAUUAACAGAUAGUCCCAGUGGGAGUUGCAUUCUAAUUACAUCACACACAAGCAAGGGGUUUGUUGUCGCCCUCUAUUGGUCAGUUUGAGUACCGCGCUUAACCCCACCCAGGCAUACCACCAAGUCCUUUACCCCGGUUGGUGUUUUCUGGUCACCUUCACAUCGAUACAUUUCCCACGGUAAUUAAUUCAGAUUACAAGCAUCAAAUCUGACUAAAUCAACAUCGCAGUAUUAGGUUUACUCUGAGAUGGACGACGUGUUGAUCUCACUGUUGGUUUUCCUUGUGGCAAUGCAAAAUAUUCAACACAAUAUCGCCUAGGCAAGGGAAUUCCCUCCUCUGUUCCUGUACUCACGCUGUGAACGCCCAGGGCCUUCCACACGGUGAAGCUGAGCAGGCCCACGCCGCACCAGGCGUACAGCGA